AUGGGAGCCACGAAACCGCGACCGCCCCCGAGAGCAUCCAUCGCGAAAGCUCAACCUUUACCCGACAAGACCUUCAUUAUCGACAAUGGCGCGUAUACAAUGAAGGCCGGCUACGCGCCCGAAUUCCUACCCCCCGACAGUGAAAGUACGGCAAGCUCUGCCUGUAGCGCCAUCCCAAACGCACUCGUCAAAACCCGCGGGAACAAUGUCUACAUCGGUGCGCAACUCAAUAGCCACGUGACUGAUUGGAAUGAGUUGAUGUUUCGCCGCCCGGUCGAAAAGGGAUACAUUGUGAAUUGGGAGGUACAGAAAGAGAUCUGGGAACACUCGUUCUUUGACGAGAAGACGGCCCGGACCAAGGAGCUUCGGAUUGCGAACCCGGAGGAAACCACCUUGUUGCUCACCGAAGCCCCAAAUGCGUUGCCAGCGUUACAGAAGAAUGCGGAUGAGAUCGUGAUGGAAGAGUGGGGAUUUGGCGGCUACUUGAGAACCAUAGGACCGUCGAUGAACGCCUGGAAUGAGGUACAGUCUCUAUUCGGGGACCCUACGCAACAACAGCCCGGCAUGGCCGCCUCACCGACCGAAUGUUUGCUCGUCGUCGAUUCUGGCUACUCCCACACGACGGUAACGCCGAUCUACAAAGGCCAGCCUCUUCAGCGCGCCAUUCGCCGGCUUGAUCUUGGAGGUCGACACCUCACGAACUACUUGAAGGAGAUAGUCUCGAUGCGACAAUAUAACAUGGUGGACGAGACGUAUGUCAUGAACGAGGUCAAAGAGGCGGUGUGCUUUGUUAGCAAGGAUUUCCCCCACGACAUGGAGGAAACCUGGAAGGGGAAUCGGAAGCGUGGCUCGUCCCAGAUCGGCGAGGGCGUCACUGUUGACUACGUGCUACCUGACCCGAACGCGGGAAAACAAGGCUUCAUGCGCCCCCAUGACCCCUUGCUGAAGGCGAAGAAAAGGAAAGGCGCUCUUUCGGGUGCUACUGCCGAGACACUAUCGGAGGAUGUCUUGGUACUAGGAAACGAACGUUUUGCCGUCCCCGAAAUCCUCUUCACGCCGGGUGAUAUUGGAAUGAAGCAGGCUGGCAUAGCGGAUAUGGUCAUGCAGAGCUUAUCUGUCUUACCUCCGGGAUUGCAUCCUGCGUUUUUGGCAAAUGUUCUGGCAACCGGGGGUAAUUCCCUCUUGCCGGGAUUUAUAGACAGGCUAGAAACCGAGUUGCGUCAAGCAGCCUCGGCGGAAUGCGUCGUGCGAGUCCGACGCCCCCAAGACCCUAUUCGUUCGACUUGGCUAGGGGCAUCGCGCUUCGCAACGAACAAAGAAGAACUGCGGAGAGUCGCGGUCACACGACAGGAGUAUCAGGAAAACGGUUCUUCCUGGGUGGCGAGGAAAUUUUCUGGAGGCUCGUAA